CAAAUAUCUCUGAAGUAACAAGUCUCUUAAGAGCAUGCAUACAACACCCUGCCAUGGUAGUCUGCAAUAUCAACGACACUGGGGUUACCAGUCAGGAACCAACUACACCAAGUACCGGCACGGAUGUUUUAUCCGACAGCGCUAUCAGGAGCAACUUUACCUCACUGGGCGUGGCCAACUGUUCACUGAGCGACGACAUCAUCGCAGCCUUGGCCAAUCAGCUGCCUGGAUCACUACCAAACCUGUCUGAACUGGAUCUGACCGGAAACGGUGCAGUGACAGCAGACGCACUUCCUUUCCUUAUGUCGCUCAUUGGAGCAAGUGAUCAUGCAAGUGGAUUACAGACCCUUCGCCUAGGAUCCCUCAGCACCAACAGUCUCCCGUCCAUUAUACAAGGCUCCACAGUGACCUGGGGUAACCUCAAAAGCCUUGACCUCCGCCGGGUCAAGAUGACCCCAGUGGAGGUGGGAAGCUUGGGGGCACUGUGCACUAGACCGUCGGGUCUUGUCGAUCUGUGCCUCGAUGGAUUAAAGUUGUCCAGGUCGGAUGCUUUGGAGAAACUUCUGGGCUCAGGCUCAUUGUGCAGUAUAGAGUCACUGUCAUUGGCUGGCUGUGCACUACAAGACUCAGACCUAGCACCAAUCACAGCUGCUGUUACAGAGGGCUUGGCCAUUCGGUCCCUCAAGCUGUCGGCCAAUAGAAUCACGGAUACUGGAGCGGGUAGCCUGAUGGAGGCCUUUGUAGCGAGAGGUGCUGAGUGUCCUCUGGCAGAGUUGAAUUUAGCUAAUAAUCAGAUCCGUGACGGCUGCGCAGAAACUGUGUCCAAGUUGAUCAGCACGGCACCCAGACUUCACUCACUGCUCUUGGGACACAACGCCCUCAGCGGGGCCAGUCUCAAGACAAUACUGGCCUCCCUGUGCACCAUGGAUUCUACAAGCCUCAGAGUUCUUGAUCUGUGCAGUCAGGACUCCCAGGUGGAUGAAAGCGAAAUGGAGGAAUUACUCAGCUUGGUAGCUGAAAAAUUGGGCUACAGGAUGGAUGAGGCUGAGGGUGUCAAACGGUGUGGUACAAGCCCCCUACCCUGCCACCCCCAGGGGCUGACAAUCAACCUGACAGGGCUGGGGGGCUCUGGGGAGACAGGCCAAGCCCUGGACAGUCUGGCGGUCAAGACAGACUACGUGAGGGUACAGCGACCAUGGCUGGCACUGCAGCAUUCACUGGAGAUUUCUGAUUGGCUGAGAGGGUCGCUUUCAUCAGAAUGUAACGACGACUCAGAUUGUGGCCAGUGCAGCUUGACGUCAGUUGAGUGGUGUCAGGUUCUAGGCUUACCAAAGGACCCCUCGCUACCCUCAUGGCUUCAGGUGUCCGAGCAUCGCUCCAGAGCGGUGUACUUGACUGGACUAUCAGGAGGCGUGUCAGCCGGCAAGCUGGAGGGUGAUCUGGAGUCAGAGGCUGACUGUCUCGUCAAGGAAGUCUGCAUCAUGAAGGAUUUCAUUGUGAGGCAGCCUAACGGGAUAGCCUGGGUGUUGAUGGCUGAUGACUCCUCGGUUCAGAAGGCCCUGGAGUUCUUCCACGAAGGAAAAGCUCUUAUGUUCAGCCAACCCUACGUGAUAUCCCAGGUCAAGCUGUCCGUCAUAGCUAGUGAUUCAAAGGAAGAGGAUCUUACAAAAGCAAGAGUUGAUCUGGAGGCAAGGGCUCAGGAAGCGGCAAGGGAAAAUGCAGAGCACCGUGCUCUGUUAGCAUCAAGCUACCAAGCUUCUCAAGAGAGACAUGAGUACGCCAAAGCCAACCCAGCCUAUGCUGAUGGAAGGAUCUGGUGAUUGAGAGUAAGAGAUUCAGCUAGGAGACGGAGCGAACCACUCAGUCACACCCUGUCAGCAUCCAGCUAACUCGCCUCUCGAGAAAGACAAGAGUAUGCCAAAGCCAACCUGGACUAUGCUGAUGGAAGGAUCUGGUGGUUGAGAGUUAGAGAUUGGGCUAGGAGACAGAGCAAACCACACCCUGUUAGCAUCCAGCUUAAACGCCCCUCAAGAAAGACAAGAGUAUGCCAAAGCCAACCCGACCUAUGCUGAUGGAAGGAUAUGGUGAUUGAGAGUAAGAGAUUCAGCUAGGAGACAGAGCGAACCACUCAACCACACCCUGUCAGCAUCCAGCUAACUCGCCUCUCGAGAAAGACAAGAGUAUGCCAAAGCCAACCUGGACUAUGCUGAUGGAAGGAUCUGGUGGUUGAGAGUUAGAGAUUCAGCUAGGAGACAGAGCGAACCACUCAACCACACCCUGUUAAAAUCCAGCUAACACACCUCUCAAGAAAGACAAGAGUAUACCAAAGCCAACCUGGACUAUGCUGAUGGAAGGAUCUGGUGAUUGAGAGUUAGAGAAUGAGCUGGAAGACACAGCGAACCACACCCUCUCAAGAAAGAGGCGUGUUUUGUGUUUGAGUGUGAUUGUAAGCUGUUUUGAUAAAUUGUUGUGGAUUUGUUCUUGUCUUUUAAACUGUUUUUAACACACGGGGUGUUGAUUUUCAUGUUUUUAAUCAUGAUGGUUAAUAAUAAAUUGAAUAAAUUGAAUUGAAAUUGAAUUGAAGACAUGAGUAUGCCAAGGCCAACCCAGCCUCUGGUGUUGGAAGGAUCUGGUGAUUGAGAUUUAGAGAUUUAGCUAGGAGAUGGAGACAACCACACCCUGUUACCAUCCAGCUACCAAGCCUCUCAAGAGAGGGAAAGGAGGAUGCUGCAAGUCCCACCCAACCGUAGACAAAGACAGCCACACCCUGAAGUUACCUGAAGUUUAGACAUGCCGCCCCAUUGGACAUGUGCUGAUGAAAGGAUCUGAUUUUGAGAUUCAGAGAUGCUGUUUGUAGACGCUCAGAGAACCACAACCUUUGAGCAUUCCAGGGAAGGAGAUUUCUAGAUUUCUAGAACACGCAGUUUUGAAAUCGGUAUCGUUUUAGAAGAUGAGAAAUGUUUCCUUUUAUAUACAUGAUCAGUGUAUUAUAUUUGAAGUGGGUUUGAUAUUUUGUGCAAUGCUAUGCAAGAUUUUAGGUUUGGAGGUACAGGUCCCAGUUUUCCAUUGACCAAACCUAAGUCCAGCUAUGAUAUGUUGGGAAAUUAAAUAUUAUAUUUAAACCAACUAAUUGAUUUUUAAAUAUGGACUAAAGAUUUGCUUGCCUUUUUUUAGAUUAAAGGUUUGGUAGUUUCAAACAAUUUUAUAGAUCUAUGCAUAGUUUAAAAGUACUUGUCAUCCGUCCAAACGAAUGUUUUCAGUGAAAUAUUUCCCCAAAUUUCCAUUUUUGUAACAGUAUAUUUGAUAUAUACAUGUAUAUCGGAUUUUAUUUUAGUUCAAUUGCAGUUUCAGAGAGUUCCAUAUUAAAUUAUAUUAUUUAAGGUAA